AUGGCGGGGUCGGAGUUGGACGAGAUGACCGAGUCGGGGGCCUUCAACAGGACUCCGUCGACCUUCAGGAACUUCAUCUCGCGGGACGAGGAAUCGCCUUUCCCUGCAGAGGCCGGACGGUACCAUCUGUAUGUAUCCUACGCGUGCCCUUGGGCAUCUAGGUGCCUUGCAUUCUUGAAGAUCAAGGGACUCGGAGACGCAAUCAGCUACACAGUACGCCGCAUGAUCAAACUUAUCUCUGGCAGUAUUUCAAACUCUAGGAAAUCUUUUGAUCUCUGCAUCGGCAUAUAGGGCCUUUCGAUCUGCCAAAUCAGUCUUGUGGGCAACUGCAUAGGUAGCAUUUAGUUGUGUCUUCUGUAGGGUUGACGAUCAAGUGAGACAUAACUUGAAAGAGUUUAAGAUCUUUGUAGCCGCGUUGAUUCCUAUUAAUUCGUUUGAUAACUUGUUUUGAACCAUAUAUAGAUAAACGUAUUUAAUCAUGAGUUAUCUUCGAAAAUUGUGAUGCAGCAUAAUUUUGAAGAACUGAUGAUCUGAUCACGUUUCAGCUUAGUAUGUAUAUUUUAGAAGUUAAAUCGUAACCUUGAAUUCAUAUGAAACUUGAUUUUGUUGAAAACUCUUUGCCAUGAAUUAAUAGAACAGAGAGAUUUCACCCCUUGAGUUCACAAGGAGUUGAUCUUGAGUCCACAUGAUCAGAAAAAUGAUUUCUUGACUCCACAGAAUAUUAGAAUCUACUAGCAAAGAUAUAAAAUAAAUUGAUAAAAACAUGAAUUAUCUCUAGGACUAUAAGGGAAUGACUAUUUAUUAGUUGAAAAUGAGUUAUAACUAACCUAAAAAAUGGGAAAAUAGUUAAAACAGCCCUUAAAAAUAAGAAGGUUUUGGUAGAACACUCUUAAUAAUUUGAUAAUAAUAUUUGAAAUUCAAAUUUUAAAAAUAAAAUGUGAAAAUAAAAAGAAACAUGAGAAUUGAGAUUUUAGCAUUUAACAUGAGUCUAAAUCUCUAAUUAGGGUAUCUUGAACUAAAUUAGGCUGAAUUAUAUCUUCACAUAUCAUGGGCCACUAAUCCACUUAAAUUGAGUUGAUAUUGGGCUAUUCCAUCUGAGCUGACCUGAAAAUAUGCUUGUAUUAUAAUUGACUAGGAAAUCAAAUUGUGAGUCACUUUGAUGCCUUUAAAUAUCUAUUAUUAGCCACUUGAGUGAAAACCAUUUCAUCUAUCAUUUGACAAUAGUUUUUAGGUUACAUAAAAUUGUCAUGACUAGAAAGGAUGUCGUGUUGCUUCAGAGCCUAGUAGGGUUUGAGAGCCUUCUUUUGAUAGAUUUCCCUCCAGCUCACCAAGUCAACGCCAUCAUCAAUCUGCUCUCAUCUCAUCUGCCAAGUUUAGCAUAUAACAUGGCAGUUUAACCAAGGUCCACGCAUUCAUGUCUUCUAUUUUGUUUCCCAUAGUCUGUCAAACCGAUAUGGGGAAGAACAAAGGAGAGCGAUGAACAUUUUGGCUGGCUGUUCCCCAGUUCUAGUACUGAAGAGCCAGGAGCUGAGCCUGACCCACUCAAUGGAGCGAAGAGCAUCAGAGAGCUCUACGAGCUCGCCAGUUCAAACUAUUCCGGCAAGUACACAGUUCCUGUAAGAACAAGAUCCCCCUUUAUGUAAAGCCUCUGACUUCAUGAUUCAAGGCCUGCUGAUCGGCCUCGAUUGAUGGCAGGUCCUGUGGGACAAGAAGAACAAGACGAUCGUCAGCAAUGAAAGCGGCGAGAUAAUCCGGAUGCUGAACACCGAAUUCAAUGGUAUUGCGAAGAAUGCGGCCUUGGACUUAUACCCAGCGCACCUGCGUGCCCAAAUUGACGAGGUCAACGAGUGGGUGUACGACGGAAUAAACAACGGCGUGUACCGGUGCGGGUUCGCCAAGAAGCAAGGCCCAUAUGAUGAGGUAAUUGCAAAUAAUAUGGUACAUAAAAUGUGAUUAUAUUCUGUCUGGGUCGCGAAGAAAUUCUGUGAUAUUUGCAUGAUAUUAGCUUCGUUCUCGUUGACUUGAUGCCUCUCUUAGUUUCUUCUUAUUUUUGUGCGCAUGUAAUGAUCUACGUAGGCUGUAAAGAAGCUGUACGAAGCAAUGGACCGAUGUGAGGAAAUUCUCAGCAAGCAGAGAUACAUCUGUGGCGAUGCGUUGACUGAGGCUGACAUUCGUCUGUUCGUCACGCUCAUAAGGUUUGACGAGGUGGGAUGCUUCCCCCCCUUUUACUUUUGGAAGAUAUUAUGUUCAACGGUGACCUAAAGUUGACCGACUUUAUAUGACAAGUUACCCAUCAAAUUCGGAUCAGAUUCUCUCUCUCUCUCUCUCUCGGUUAUCUCACCCAUCAGAUUAUGUGUGUAUUUAUAUACUAAAAUGGGGAAGAUUAUGGUUUCCUGGGUAAUAUUUUAUUUUCGAAAGAAGUAAAAAAAAAAAGGGUAAGUAGGAAAUUUGAUGGUUGACCGGGUUCGUUGCUUGAGCAGGUAUAUGCCGUCCACUUCAAGUGCAACAAGAAGCUGCUGAGAGAGUACCCGAAUAUCUUCAAUUACACCAAGGAGAUCUAUCAGAUCCCGGGCAUGAGCAGCACGGUCCACAUGCAGCACAUCAAGAGGCAUUAUUACGGCAGCCAUCCUUCCAUCAAUCCCUUCGGGAUCAUCCCUGUGGGUCCAGGCGUUGACUUCUCCUCCCCACAUGGUCGGGAUAGAUUCGGCCCUUAA